AUGGCAGGUCAACAGGCAAUUCAGGUGGUCCAGCAACUAGACCUUCCCUAUGGUCCCCCACCAGGAUUGGCAUGGCCAUACCAAGAGAAUCCUCUUGUUGCACAGGUAGCUGGGAUACCAGAACGGGGGGAAAUCCAGGCCGGACACAGGGAAGUAGCUUUUCCUAUCCAGGAACGUCUGGCCCCAAUACGGCCAGAAGGUCCUGCGCCAGGACAAGUUCCGCAGAAUCAGCCAGAGCCUCAGCCUGUUCCACAACAAGCGGCCCCACAAGAUCACCCUAUGGAAAUUCUGCCUGAAUAG